ACACCACACAUACAUUCAACAAAACCCCAAGUCCUUCCCCGCUGCCCCCCCCCCCACGCCCUUCCCGCGGGGUGAGCAGCAGGCUCCUGGGUACUAGGAAAAGGAGAUAUAUCAAGAAAAGAGACCACCGGGAGCUGGUGCCUGCCACCCUCCACGCGGGAUCGCAACGGCAACGAGAGUGGGAGCACCUGGAGCGCGAGCUCGGAAGGAGAAUCCACGAGUUGUAAGAAAAUGGCAGACAAGCCGGACAUGGGGGAAAUCGCCAGCUUCGAUAAGGCCAAGCUGAAGAAAACCGAGACGCAGGAGAAGAACACCCUGCCGACCAAAGAGACCAUUGAACAGGAAAAGAGGAGUGAAAUCUCCUAAAAGCCUAGGAAGAUUUCCCCACCCCACCCCACCCCGCCCCAUCAUCUCCAAGACCCCCUCGUGAUGUGGAGGAAGAGCCACCUGCAAGAUGGACGCGAGCCACAAGCUGCACUGUGAAACCCGGGCACUCCGAGCCGAUGCCACCGGCCCGCGGGUCUCUGAAGGGGACCCCUCCACUAAUCGGACUGCCAAAUUUCACCGGUUUGCCCUGGGAUAUUAUAGAAAAUUAUUUGUAUGAUUGAUGAAAAUAAAAACACCUCGUGGCAUGGUU